GCUGCCGCUGCUCUGCCUUCAGAAGCCUCUAACGACAUCGACAUUGAAGUCGCACCGCGACUCAUCCGUAGUUUCAGUUUCCCGUAAGCAACAAAACGAUCGAGACAUGAUUUCGUAAGACGCACGCGUUACGCUUCUACUUGCUUCAAGACAGCAAAAAAAGACCACUGAUCCACCAGACUUCACAACAUACACCCACCCGCAAAAAGUUCUGAAACUAAGAGUAUCUAGAAGCUAAAGCCCGCAAUUUAAAGUGAUUUGUGUCUAACAGCUAAACUGACAAAAAGUGACAUACACAUAAGACUGCCCCUAGUUAUGCAAAUGAAAUUCCACUAGACCUAAGCAAAUUAGUUCAAUUCCCCAAUCAGUGCACUUGUGUAUCAAAAAUAUAGUUUGCUCAACUAUAUUCGAAAAGUUUAAGAAUAACAAAGUGUCUAUUAUGAUCGAAACUUAAACAGCCAGCAAGCACUUUUCGGCUUCGGAUUGGAUUUAUUGCGUAAUGGAUUUAAAUUUAGCCGCCACAUUAGCAGCAACCUCUACAACACGGAACGGAUAUGCAUUUAAACACUGAACAUGAUCAAGUAAAACUUCAACCACAAACAACUAGCAGAAUAAGCAGCAACCACUGAACCCCCUAUAUAUAAAACCAGCACAUAUAUACACAGUGUUUCGCUGAGCAACAAUCUAGCUAUAGUCGCCAUGCAUGGACAUCACAACCACAACCAUCUGCCGCAGCAGCAGCAGGCACAAAAUCCGCAGGAGCAGCAGGCGGGUGCCAUCAUGAAGGCUGCCAACCAGCCCCUCCAUCCCGCCCACAGCCAUCCGCUCAACCACCCACAUCCGCACCAGCAUGCCCAGCCACAUCCGCAUCCACAUCCGCAUCCGCAUCCGCAUCACAAGCUGUCGGCGCGAAGGGCGCGCAGUCGCAGCCGAAGUCGCAGUCCGACGCCGGAUGGCAAUCAGGACUACGAUGUGACCAGGAUGCGGGAGGAGGACUUCGAGCGGCUGGCCGUCUACCUGGUGCCGGAUGUCCAGGCGGAGCGGGGACUGCCGAAUCGGGCGGACAAGACGCUGCCGCGCAGCCUGACACUCAAGUCAUCCAUGGUCUACUCAACGCCAAAUGUUAAGACUGAAGGAGUUUGGAGCAGCGGGGUCAUCCCACGUGGCACUCGCUUCGGCCCAUUCGAAGGCAUUCCAACCUCUAAUUAUCCCAAUGAUAAGAAUAAGGCGCGCUAUUUCUGGCGGGUGCAGGGAACACGCCACAUAACCUACGGGAAUAUUAAGAUCUUCAAGGACGAUGACUACUAUUACUUGGAUGGUUCAGAUCGCUCGCAGUCCAAUUGGAUGCGCUAUGUGGCCUCCGCCUAUAGUUUGUCCGUAAUGAAUCUGGUGGCGUGCCAGCACCAGGAGAACAUCUACUUCUACACCACCCGCGACAUUCUGCCCAACGAGGAGCUGAUGGUGUGGUACUGCAAGGACUUCGCCAGUCGCCUGGGCUACGAUGUGGAUCCCGAGACGACGAUCUUCGGGGCCUGCAAGCAGGCGGUGGAGGCGGAGGAGGAGGCGGACGAGGAGGAGGAUGAGGCGGAGGGCGAGGACGGAAAGCCGCGAUACUCGAUGCCAGCUCCGGAAAUUCCACCCGAUGUGGCCGUUAGUCACAUAACCUACGUCAUGGGCCUCCAUCUGCCUGUGGGAGCGGGAAGUGGUCCGGCGAAUGGAUCGGUUGCGGGUUCCGUUUCCGGUGCCACGCCUCCGCCCCCGACUGCCACGCCAUGCUGCCGCCGCUCCAGUCCACCCGCCCACGUCAGCACCACCAGCUCCACCUGCAACUCCCACCACCCGCACAUCCAGCAUGGUCGCCAUGCCUCCGUGAUCAUUGGCCAGGAUCGAUCGCCCUUGGCCAGCAGCGACAAGGACACGGCGGGCUCUCCUCUCUCCGGUCUGGACCAUCAGAUGACCCCGCAGGAUGGCAGCGUGAGGUCUGUGAGAUCGGACGAGGGCUACCACAGCAACGAGUGCCACGAGGAUGGACUCACGCCACCCGAGGACUCCAGCGACAGCGAGAGUGAGCAUAACUACGUGCUGGACUGCUCGAAGAAGGCGAUUGCUCCCAAAGAGACAGUGAUUGCCCAGGCCCAAAAGCCCAGCAGUUCUCCGCCGGCAGUGGUUAUGGCUAACACGACUACCAACUCGAUGAAUAGCCACAGUUCACCCACUGCGACGCCCAUUUGCGAAACGGACAAGAACGAGUACAGAAAGUUCAAGGUGAAGAUGCCACUGAAGUACGAGUUCAAGAACAAGAGCUGCGUGAAACAGGAGCCAAGUCUCAAGGAAGUGGACCAGGAGAUGUCCUUGCCGCAGGAGGAGGAGGAGGAUCAGGUGAUGCAUCCGGAACCCGAUUCCAUAUGCCCAUCGACCACCACCCAUCUGGGCGACGAGCACAUGCUGAUGAUGGAGCGGGAACGGGAGAGGGAGCGCGAAAGGAUUCUGGAGAGGGAACCAUCCAACCAGCAGCCCGCCUCCUCCACGGUCAUCGUUCUGGAGCACAACUCCGGCGGUCAAGCCCGCACCAUUGUCCCACUGAGUAAGCCCUACUACGAACCAGAUCCUCCGGGCGAACGCUAUAUGCGCUUCGGCCAGCCCUCUUCCAGCAUCCUGGAGACCAUCCUCACCAGCCAGCAUCGCUUGGAGGCGGCCGCUGCUGCGGCAAACGCCUGCCGACAGGCCAAUGCCGCUACACCACCGCCCACUUCACCCACGGAGAUGGCCUACAGCUACAAGAAAUCGCAGCGAUACGGCAAUGCCGUGAGUCCGGACAGUAGUUCCAAUCUGGGACAGAAUCCCGAGCAGCUCUCCUCGUCGGCAGUGGCGGUCGGUGAACAGGAAAUGACCAGGGCCACGUUGAUCAAGGGAGAGUGCUCGCCACCGCCGCCUAGCCAUCAUCAUCACAAUGUGAUCUUCUCGCCCUCGAGACAUGCCGCUUAUCUGGGAGCCGGCGAGGCGGGUGGCCACUCGCCGAGUCCGGGCUAUCCUGGCUAUCCGCACUAUGGAGCAGCAGCCACCUCGACCUUUCAUUCACCGCCGCACAGUUCCCAUUCCCCGUUCGAUCGCCAGUCGAAUGCCUCCAGUGGUGCGGGUUCGGCCACCAAUUUGCAUUUAUUGCAAACCAGCACCCAGAUGCUCAACCAUCCGCUGAUGCAGCCCCUCACUCCCCUGCAGCGUUUGUCCCCGCUGAGGAUUUCCCCACCCAGCAGCCUGAGUCCCGAUGGUAACUCGUGUCCCCGCAGUGGCAGCCCGCUGAGUCCCAACUCCCUGGCCUCCAGAGGCUACCGAUCGUUGCCCUAUCCGCUCAAGAAGAAGGAUGGCAAGAUGCACUACGAGUGCAAUGUGUGCUGCAAGACCUUUGGCCAGUUGAGCAACCUCAAAGUGCACCUGAGAACCCAUUCCGGCGAAAGGCCCUUCAAGUGCAAUGUGUGCACGAAGAGCUUCACCCAGUUGGCGCACCUGCAGAAGCAUCAUCUGGUGCACACGGGCGAGAAACCGCACCAGUGCGACAUCUGCAAGAAGCGUUUCUCGAGCACCUCCAACCUGAAGACCCAUUUGAGGCUGCACAGUGGUCAGAAACCAUAUGCCUGUGAUCUCUGUCCGCAGAAGUUCACACAGUUUGUGCAUUUGAAGUUGCACAAGAGGCUGCACACGAAUGACAGACCCUAUGUGUGCCAGGGUUGCGACAAGAAGUACAUCAGUGCAUCCGGCCUAAGGACCCACUGGAAGACCACCAGCUGCAAGCCCAACAAUCUGGAGGAGGAGCUGGCCAUGGCAGCAGCGGCUACGUCCGAGUGUUUGGAUAAAGACCAUCCCGAACCGGACUCCCGAGAAGCGUACGAGCAGCUGACGCAGCACAUGCAUCCUGCAGUGCAUCCGGGACUGAGGCACCUCUCGAGUGGGGGUCAGUCGCCACCACGCCUGAUACCCCUGGGCAAUCACAUGGCGCCGCAGCAGCAGUCGCAUCAGCAGCAGCAGCAGCAACAGCAUCAGCAGCAGGGAGUGCCACCGCCCCACUUGCUGAUGACGCAACAUGCAGUGGGUCCGGCACCCAUGCUGCUGACCACCGCCAGCCAGUUGCCACCACCGCCGCCGCAUCAUCAGCAGAGCUCGCCCAGCCGCCUGCUGCAACAUGGCCACCCACAUCCGUUGCAGAUGCAACAGCAGCAGCAGCAACAGCAGCAGCACUCGCCCAAGGGACUCAAAUCCCUGCCGGAACCGGGGGUAUAUCUGCAUGGGCAGCAUGUGCAGGCGCAGGAGAGCAGACCAUCGGUCAUUGAGUCCUCCAAUCAGCCCAUGAUCAUCGAAUGCACGUAGAAGGUGCAUGGUGCAUGGGUACAGGGCACAAUGGACAUGGAGCAGCUGCUGACCAGACCAGGAAGUGAUGGAAUCCAAGUGCAAUAAAAUUAAAUAGAGUUAAGCGACAGACAGGCAGACAGACAGACGAUACUAUCCCUUUGAAAGCAAAAAGGAUAAGAACAACAAAAAACGCAGCACAAGUAAACGUAACGGUAUUAUUAUAUAGUUGUAAAUAGUUAGAGAUUCCCUCGUAAAUUUUUGAUCCUCCUCAAACCCUGAAAUUGAAAUUGAAAACUCAUUUCGCGCUAUGAAAACUAGAUCUCACCAAUUGGCAGUCCCAUGAAUACUUCUUCUCAUCAUUAUCAGCAUGGCAGGAGAGCACUAAAGGCAUAUUAUUUUUGAUAAAUAUUUUAUAUAUAUACACCGAACAUAUAAAUGGAAGUGAACAAAAUUGGUUAACAGGAAGCGAUUGUGAAUGGGAAAAUAAAUGGAGCCGGCAGCAGAUGAGAAUUUUGCGGAAAACUGAGAACGAGAGAAAGAAAAUGCAUUUAGACUUGACUUUCGAUGAUUUUCCAAUUCUGAUUUGUUGUCUCACCCGCGCUGUUUGUUUGUUUGUUUGCUUGUUUGUUUGUUGAGGCGCACACCUUUAGAUGUAGAUUACAUAUAAAAGAGUUAAAGGAUAAAUAAGGAUACAUUUAAACAUACAAUACAUAGAUUCAAGUUGCCUUAUUUGAAUUUCGUUAGCACUGA